AUGACUACCGAGGGGAUCGUCUAUCAGGUGGAGCAAGCCGUAGCUCUCGGCUCGUUGAGCUUCCGUCACGGCUUCCACCCGCUUUUCAAGCUGCUCAAUGAUCAGCAAGUACCGACGUUGAUAUUCUCUGCGGGACUCUACGACGUCAUUCACGCUGCACUAGAACGGGAGUUUACUGUUGAGAUCAAGCGAAAUGGCAGUUCAACAGUUAACAACCAGACGUCCACAUCUAGCAAUGUGCUACAUCUGUAA